CAAAUUACCUCGCUUUUAAUACAUCUUGGGCGCAGCGGAGGAGGAGCAGGAGACAGCGGCAGAGAGCAUCUUCUAGCGCUGAGCACUGGACAGUGAGUGGCCAGCGACGGCGUGGGGCAGGAUUUUUGGGCUGGAUGGGGCAUAGAUUUAUUUAAAGGGGCAAAGCGUCACGGGCCAGCCACUACCGUACCUCGCUUUUAAUAUGUCCUGUGUACGCUGGAGAGGGCGCAGCGGACGAGGAGCAGGAGACGGCGGCAGAGAGCAACUUCUAGCGCUGAGCACUGGGUAGUGAGCGGUCAGCGGCGGUGUAGGCAGGAAUUUGCGGCGAGAGGGGGCAUAGGUUUAUUUAUAGGGGCAAAGAGUCCCGGGCCAGCCCUGCAUGCGGGAUAUUUUUAAAAAUCCCCUGUGCUGUGCCAAAUGCAUAAUGACUCAAGUUGGGAUGCGGCGAUCCGGUUUUAAAAGCCUGGCUCAGGCUGAAAUGGUGCCACUGAUAACUCCGGGCAUGCAAAUGGCACAAUCUCUUACGACAAGAAGUAGCAUCAGAAGACUCUUUUGGACCUUACCAGGCUCUCAUCUUCUAGAGGAGAAGAAAGACUGCGCCUGAGCACUCAAUCGGGGCAAGCAACAAUCGGGGUUUCUGGGGGUGGCCGUUUGUUCUGAUUUAGAGCUAUAGAGUGCGAAUUACCUGGGAAAGGAACGCGCAAGUGGGAAACCGCUGAGACCCCGCCUUUCUAGGCGCAGGACAAGAGGAAGUGUGGGCGAGCCCUUGUAAGAAAGGCAUUGGGCUGAAAACAAAGCUCUCUUCGCUCCUGGCCAAAAUGAUGGUGGAAGUUGCCAGCAGAAGCCUCCUGGUCAUCCUUCUCUUCGCUCCAUGGAUCUGUACUUCAUUUGGAAGUUUAAGUCAUGGAAUGGAGAAUCCAAUCUAUCAGGUGAAAGGAAUCCUGGGCGAAUCAGUCUUGUUUGCUGUAAAUGUAUCCUCAUCAGUAACAGUGGAGAAAAUGGAAUGGGACUUUUACCCACAAAGCGGUGGCCUGGGCUUUUGGCUGGGGGAAUUCAGCCAUGGUAAACUGGAGCACCCAAGUCCCACUGACCGGUUUCGACAACGGCUAGACAUGGUGGACGAGAUGACACUGAGGAUCAAAGACCUGGAGUUGGAUGACGGUGGGAUCUACAAUGCUCGCAUCUGGUUUACUAAGGCACAGUUUCAAGAACAGAGUUUCAGCCUCAUGGUCUAUGAGCCUGUGCCAGAACUUCAGAUUCUCCUCAGAGACGUCUCCAACAGCUCAGGCAUAUGUGAUGUAACCCUGCAAUGUCAGGUGUCUGGAAAGGGGGAAUUUGACAUCUCCUGGAAAAGAGGGGAACCCCUCAGAGACUUAGGAGAUGGCUUGGUCGGGUACCAGAUCUCUGACAAUGGCACCAGUCUCCAUUUGUUGUGGUGGCCCAACGCCAGCGACUCCACUUUCACCUGCCUGGUCAGAAAUCCCAUUGGAGAGAAGGACGUCUCCUUCAACUUGCUCAGCAUCUGCCAAACUGAUGAUGAAGGUAGUCAGCAGAGACUCUGGUGGAUGAUCUGCCUUCCCAUCAGCUUCAUUUUAACUCUGGCAUGUUCUGUAAUAAUAUGGAAGAGGAAAUACAUAUUUAAAAAGAGAGAUUGCCUCCACAAUUCCAGAGAACCAGCACUCUCCUGCAUCACAACAGACAAUGAGGAACGUCCCCAAAGUUGGGCAUGAGCAGUGGACAUUGCCUCUGAGUAUGUGCAGAGUGUUUUUGAAAACUUUCUCUGCUCUCACUCCUGCUUCCUGUCCUCAACAGCACCCCCUUUCCAGAACACUGGAACCACACGGCAUACAGAGAAAGGAAGGCCUUUUGUAUGAAGAAUUGAAGGGGGGUGCAAAGGGGAUGCUGUUGCUAUGAUGUUUGUUUAUCUGAGCAGGUAACACCAAGUCAGCCUAUUAAGAGGAUUGUGGAGGAACACUGAGGCACUUGAGCUCUCAUAGCAUGGGGUUUGCAAUGGCUGCACUGGUUGCAACUUUGUCUCUGGGCACAAUACAUUAUACUCAGUGUUGAAACUGACGGAGGUCCCAAAUUUCUGAAAGAUGGCUCCUUCCCUACAGACCCUCCCAGGUGUUAAGGUCAGCAGAGGGCGCCCUCUUGACAGAAGGGAUGUCCAGUACAGUCGUACCUCGGGUUACCGUAUUUUUUGCUCUAUAAGACUCACUUUUUCCCUCCUAAAAAGUAAGGGGAAAUGUGUGUGUGUCUUA